CAAAUAAUGGUCAACACUUAUGAAGUGAACACCACUAGUGGUGACCCGCCGUCGGAAGUGAUAACUAAAUACUGCAGCUUUUAUGUCCGUUGUUUGUGGUUAACACACCUCGUUAGCAAUUGUAGUUGUAAUGUGAGGGUUAAGCUGACACUCGUCGCACAGUCGCCUAACGGACACAACAUUAUCAAAAACUUUGAGCGUAAAUUCCCAAUUGAAUCAAAGUGUGGUUACGGUUUCCCACAAUUCAUUGCUUUUCAGGAUCUAUUGAACGACGAAAAGGGGUUCAUUAAAGACAAUACAAUUGUUGUGGAGGCGAAGGUCAGCGCCGAUCGACCCUAUGGUGUGAUUAUGCGCUCAAAUGAGGGCAAUAUUUUUGGCACAAUUCAAAGGAAAUGUGUUGAUUUGAAUCCGGAAGUGAUUUACUUUACGAACGAAUCCGAGUGUAAUAUUGUGUUCAAAGUUGAGGGCAAACAGAUUCCUGCCCUCAAAGAGUUGUUGAUCUAUAAAAGUAAUUAUUUUCGGUCAAUGUUUUCGGGAAAUUAUACCGAAAGUGAGGACAAAGAGAUUGAAAUCCAAGACACGACUCACGAGGCGUUCAAAACAAUCAUUUGGUACUUGUAUUCGCACGAAUUGGCCAUCGAUUCAGAGGAUAUGUUAAUUGGUUUGGACUUUCAGUACGAAGUCUAUAGACUCGCCGAUAGGUUUCAAAUCAAACGACUUCUCAUUUAUUUUGAAAACCAAUUCAAAGCAAACAUUACUGAAGAGAACCUGGAAUUGGGUAACGACGUGUCGGUGUAUUCAAGCGAUGGCCAAAUGUUAGGCUACGGCGGGUUUUCCAACGCCAGCCCUCUGUCCAACUUUUACAAAACUAGCUUCACAUACAAUGGACACCACUUCGAGUACUCCGAGUGCGCUAUUAUGUACGAAAAGGCCAUCACUUUUGGCGACCAAAUCACGGCCGAUAAAGUGCUCAAAUGCCGGUCGCCGUGGAUGGCAAAGAGGUUGGGCCGAGAGGUGAAGCCAUUUGAUGCCCACAAGUGGGUCGAAGCCAGGGAUCAAAGAGUGCCGCAAAUACUUUACGCAAAGUUUACGCAAAACCCGGCGCUCAAAAAGUGGUUACUGUCGACCGGAUCAGCCGUUUUGGCCGAAGUUGCCGCUCAAGACAUCGCCGGACACAUGAAAUAUCAGGACCCCAUUUGGGGCGUAUGUAUCGGUGCCUAUCAUAAGGACAUCUUAUGGCCGACUGAAUGGCAUAGAUAUGGCCACAACUUCUUGGGCAAUACACUCGUCAGUGUCCGUCAGACCAUCGCUCAUGAGAUAACUGUAAUGAGAUUUGUUUAG